AUGAAGCGACCCAUUUAUACACAAAAGGGACCGCUGGAGGUGCCCUCCACAUCAGAGAAGGACUGGUCUAAGGAUGAUGAAGAGGAUUAUGGCUUCAAGGAUCCAGAUCAGGAACUGGAUUCCCUGCCUCAGCCUUAUCGAAUGAUCAACAAGCUGGUGAACCUUCUGUUUGACCGGUCAUGGGAAAUUAUAGAGGAGAGGGAGGCAUCAAGGGAAGCUGAGCUCAGUCGGAUUCAGCCCAUCAUCUAUUCUCCACUUGUAGAGAUUAAGCUCAGCACAAUGCCAAAUUGCAUGGUUAUUUCCCAAGACUAUGUGUUUAUUGGAGGAGCCAAAGGAUUCUCGAUCUACAAUCUGUGCAGUGCUAAAAGAAUAUGUGCUUGGGAGAAACUUAAAGUUGAUGUCACUUCCAUUAGUGCCACAGAUUUGGGGGGUGACAUACUUAUUGCUUCAGUGGAUGAAAUGGUAAUUAGCACCUAUGAAGCAAGUGUGGUAUACCAGGAGGAUGCCAGCAAGCAAACCACCUGUAUAAAGCUGGAGAUCUCUCAUGGAGGGGACUUCGCAGCCUUCCUCCUACAAGGAGCCGGAGAUGUUUGGCUAGAUGUGUAUAAGUUGCCCAAGGAGUCUUGGCUCAAAGAGGCGGAGCACCCCCUCAACACUGUAAAUCUAAAGAAAAAAGCCAAACUACUGCAACUGAACAAUACUGACCCUAUAACUGCAGAUAAUUUAGAAAUGGAUGUGAAUGCUGUUUUUAAAGGAGAUGCUAAGUUGAGCCUUCCAGUUUACAUAAUGAAGAUUAAACCACCUAAACCAGUUACAGGUUUUACUGUGCUGAUCUUUUCCUGGGAUGGUUCUAUUCGCCUCAUGGAUGUGGCCAAGCCUGAAAUCGUCUGUGCCUUUGCUCCGCCCAGGUCCUACCACCUAGCAGUCCCCUGGAAGCCACUAUUUGUUUUAUCUUUACACCAUCCAUGUUUCCUGCUUCGAGGAGACCAUCCAGAUGAAAUUGAACAUACUGACAAUGUCAUUGGGGUCAGAAAUUCUAUUUUCUAUUUUAACUUUGAGACCCAUCCACUCCUGGAAGGGAUCUUAAGAAACUGCAUCGUUCCUCAAAGUGACUUGACAGAUGAGACCUUCUCCCAGACACUACCUUUGGAGAAGAGAUGUGAGCACUUCCUCCAAAAGAG